AAGCUGAUUCAAGUUCCCACUGCAAAUACAUUGCGAGCAGGGAGACAAUCAAGCACAGAAUGGCUAUUUUAUAACUGGGGUCUCUGACGUAUGGCUGAGUGUUUGCUGGCAGAGAUCUUUAUGGACCAGUAGGCAGAUCGCAACUGAAGCUGACAAGACUUUGUGCAUUUUGGAAAGGAGUGUAAUCUACUGUAGUGAGGAACAGAGCCACUCAAUCACUGCAGCGGUAAAUAAAGGACAGAAGUGAAGGAAGAAAGAAGGAAGAGAGAGGAAAGUCUUUGCUGGGGGUGGGGAGCGAAAGCAUUUUUGGUGGAUGGUAUAAAGCCAGCCAUGGAAACUGCAGCCGAGGAAAAUACAGAACAAAGCCAAGAGAAAAAAGGUUGCUUUGAAUGUUGCAUUAAGUGCCUGGGAGGAGUCCCAUAUGCUUCACUUGUGGCUACUAUUCUUUGCUUCUCUGGGGUAGCCUUGUUCUGCGGCUGCGGUCAUGUUGCUCUUGCUGGGACCAUCACUAUCCUCGAACAGCGCUUCUCCACAAAUGCCACUGAUCAUGCUUUGUUGUCUGAAGUAAUAAAGUUAAUGCAGUAUGUGAUCUAUGGCAUUGCAUCAUUUUUCUUCUUAUAUGGAAUCAUUCUGUUGGCGGAGGGAUUUUAUACAACAAGUGCUGUAAAGGAGCUGCAUGGUGAAUUCAAGACAACGAUAUGUGGCCGUUGCAUCAGUGGAAUGUUUGUUUUCCUCACCUAUGUCCUGGGGGUAGCCUGGCUUGGCGUCUUUGGCUUCUCUGCGGUCCCAGUCUUUAUGUUCUAUAACAUAUGGUCAACCUGUGAAGUCAUCAAAUCCCUCCCAGUGAAUAUGACAGCUUCAGCGGACCAGAUCUGUGUGGAUAUCAGGCAAUACGGGAUCAUCCCUUGGAAUGCAGUACCUGGCCGGGCAUGCGGGUCAGCCUUAGCGGACAUGUGCAACACACCUGAGUUUUACUUGUCUUAUCACCUGUUCAUUGUGGCCUGUGCUGGAGCUGGUGCGACUGUCAUAGCCCUGAUCCACUUCCUCAUGAUACUCUCCUCUAACUGGGCCUACUUAAAGGAUGCGAGCAAAAUGCAGGCUUACCAGGAUAUCAAAGCAAAAGAAGAACAGGAGCUCCAGGAUAUCCAGUCUCGGUCCAAAGAGCAACUCAAUUCUUACACAUAAAUGUUUGCCAGAGUCCUUUUUGGAAGAAUUCUGUAGCUCUGACAAAUCAACACGCAGCUGUUCUGCAGUACAGGUGUAUGUCCAAGCAAAUACCGAAGUGUAAAAACUUCAUAUUCAUGCUCCUGGGCCAUGUUCAUAGGGAAACCUUGCAGUGGAAAUCCUUCAUUCCUUUAGUACUGAGUUUGGAGUUGGGGGUGGGGGGGGAGAAUGGGGCAGGCUGAGUAACAUCCUCGUCCUAGGCCACUAAACACACACAUAUAACCAAGUCAGAUCUCUUUAUGGAUGCUCUUGGUAAUUACGAAAAAUUACUGAUAUGACAAAGACAUCUUUCCGAAUGGGGAUACUGCAGUAAGUAUUCAGCCCUGCAAGGACUAGAAGAUUUUAAAAGGCUGUACAUAAUUACACAGGUGUAACCAAGAUUCUAGUACUUAACUAGAUAAAAGUAUUCCUUUUAUUCUGAAUGCUGAUGGUUGUAUUUGUUUUCAGAAAGUUGUAAAUCAGCUUAUUCAGUCUCUCUCAAAAUCAAACUAGGUUCUGUGGUCUAAAUUGCAGAAAUGUAUUCUGAACCACUCUUUUUCCAGCAAUGCUAUAAUGAGCCACUGUUCUACUGCACUUACCUGACUAAGUUGGGUGCUGAAUGUCCCCAAGUUUUGCUAUUUUUUAAAGUGUUUGAUGGAAUGUAGACAGACCCCACAGAUCAGGAUAAUGAUUCCCCUUCUCUGAAAAUAAAUGUCAGCUUUGCCUUAAUGUUUAUUUUCUAUAAAUGUCUUAAGCAUUUAUAUAGCAGUGGGAGGUCAUUAUACUGUCUGUGUUUUAUCUAAGUGGAAAGUGUUACCUUGUUGAACUGACACUGAUUGAGCUGCUUAAAGUGAGAUAAUGUGUAGAUUUUAAAAAACAGAAACCCAUAGCCAUACCGAGCACUGCUCAACCACCCAUCUGAAUUUUGGUGCUCAACACAUUUAUAGACAGUGCUUAUUUGUUUUAUCUUACAAUAAGAAAAUGUGGUGUUCAGUAAAGUAUUGGGUGCCAUUUUAAACUUGUUUCCCACAGAAAUCUGCCUUCUAAUAUUUUUGGAAACAUUCAGUGCUAGCUUGAGUACCUGUGAUGGUAUAUUUUGGUGUGCUAUUUUUAAAAAAUUAUAUAAAUGUUGGAGAAAAUUAAAGUACAUCAGUGAGUUUUAAAUCAGUAAAAAGUCAAGUCCAUACAUCCAUGUUAAUGUGUGGUUUGAUUUGUUUUGAAUGUUUGAUGAAUAUUAAAAUGCUCCUGUAGGCCAUGCAGAAGUGUAUAAAAAUAAAAGGAAGCACACAUUUCUUUAGGAAAGUUAAACAAUAAAAUUAAUGUGGAAAAGAAAUUCAGGUAUUACCUUGCUUUUUUGUUACAUGCUUAAAUCAUUUUUUUUCUUUUUAAAGAGGCAAAAAUCCUUCAUAGAGCAGAUGAAGAAAUAGCUUAGUGUUUGUUUUUACCUGUUGCAUGAAGGAUACCAGUUUUUACAGCGAUGCAGGUGAUGUUCUUUCUAGUUCAGUGUUUGCAUAAAGGUAACAGACAGUGUCUUAAAGCCUAAUUCUUUUCUAAUUCUAUGUAGCUAUUACUGGGAGUUUUUGAAGUUUUGUUUAAGUAGUCUAAUAUUUUUUAUGUAAAGAGCAUUAAAUUUUGCUAUGUAUAAAUUUUUGUAACCUAACCGUGAAUCAAUAUUUUCUA